AUGUCGGGCUGCGCGGCGCGGCGGUACGUGGCGGCGGCGCUGAGCCGGUGUCGGGCCCGCGGGCUGCCGCUCUGGGAGCCUCCCCCGGCCCGCGGGCUGCGGCCCCUGGGCGCGGGGGGAGCCGCGGCCCUCCCGCUGCUGCUGCUGCCGCCGCGGCGGCACCUCUCGUCGCGAAACCGUCUAGAGGGCAAAGUGCUGGAGACCGUGGGGGUGUUUGAGGCACCGAAGCAGCACGGCAAAUACGAGACGGGUCAGCUAUUUCUUCACAGUGUGUUUGGCUAUCGAGGAAUAGUCCUGUUUCCCUGGCAAGCCAGGCUUUAUGAUCGAGAUGUGGCUUCUCCUGUCACAGAAAAAAGCGAGAAUGUGGCAGGCCAUGGUUCCAAAGAGGUCAAGGGCAAAACGCAUACUUACUAUCAGGUGCUAAUAGAUGCCCGGGAUUGUCCACAUAUAUCCCAGAGGUCACAGACAGAAGCAGUGACAUUCCUGGCAAAUCACGAUGACAGCAGAGCCCUCUAUGCCAUACCAGGUUUAGACUAUGUAAGCCAUGAAGAUAUCCUUCCCUACAGCUCCACUGAUCAAGUGCCCAUCCAGCACGAGCUCUUUGAGAGGUUUCUCAUGUACGACCAAACAAAAGUUCCACCUUUUGUAGCAAGGGAUACGCUGUGUGCAUGGCAGGAGAAGAACCAUCCCUGGCUAGAGCUCUCUGACGUGCACCGAGAAACCACAGAGAACAUCCGUGUCACAGUCAUCCCUUUCUAUAUGGGCAUGAGGGAAGCCCAGAAUUCCCAUGUCUACUGGUGGCGCUACUGUAUUCGCUUGGAGAACCUGGACAGCGAAGUGGUACAACUCCGAGAACGGCACUGGAGGAUAUUUAGCUUGUCUGGCACCUUGGAAACAGUCAGGGGCCGCGGCGUUGUAGGAAGGGAGCCAGUUUUAUCCAAAGAACAGCCAGCAUUUCAGUACAGCAGUCACGUCUCCCUGCAGGCAUCCAGUGGUCACAUGUGGGGUACUUUUCGAUUUGAGAGGCCUGAUGGCUCCCACUUUGAUGUCCGAAUCCCACCCUUUUCUCUGGAAAGCAACAAAGACGAGAAGACCCCCCCCUCCGGCCUUCACUGGUAGAGCAGGCUGAGUGCUGAGACCCACAGAGACCUGUGUGUGUUGUAGACCUUUGCCUCCCCAUUAUGCUGCAGCCAAGAACACGGAGCUUUUAAACAUUUUAAACCAUUUUUUGUUUUAACUGUUGUCUAACGGGGAGGCUUUUUUGAACUUUAAUACUGGCUCUCUCAGGCUGCUUGUAAACAUAAGCUGUGUUACAGUUAACCCCCCCCUUUGUGGCACCUGCUGGGGCUGGAGCUGGGGGACGUAGAUCUGUGCUGCCGCAGAAGACUGGCCCCAUCAGCAGGCCUGGACCCUUUCCAAUGUGUUGUGAAUUCUCUGCAAUGUGAGGUUUCUCUAAUAAACUGGCCUUUCCAGUUGCAACCAGUCUUCCUUUAUAAACCAAGGCCUAGGCUUUGCAACCAGCCUGCCCCGGCUUGUCGCUCCCCCCUGUGCAAAGUGGUGUCAGCCCAGACUUCUUGCCGCUUCAGAAGGCAGCAGUGAGGAUGUUUUUAGGGAGCAGGAACUUGAGCUCAGCCUUCCUGCAUGCAGCUGCUUUCUGGGAUUUAGCCAGUGGGUGGCAGAGCAGCCUGUGAGCUCCACUCCUCGUUGCACAGCUUGUCUGGGCUGUGUGCUGGAGCGGUGCGAAGCCUGUUUCUCAGAGAAGAGUGCAGAGGAGGGGAAGGUGGGUUGGCAGGUGGAGCUGAGCAGGCUGCCGCGGUGUCUUGUGCGCACAGGUCACUGGGCUGCAUGUAGUGAUCGUACAGGAGAGCUGAAGGGGGCCCUCCCUCUGCAAGGGCUUGCCUCGCUGCAGGGAUGUGCAUCCCAACUGCUGGAGGGUACUUCCCCGCUUACGCUGCGGCUGUAACCAUAUUUUCUUGGUAGUUUCUGCGCUGGCAGGAAGAGCUUGUUUUAACCUGUCGUGCUGUCAGCCACAGUGAGGUGGUGCUUGGUUUUCUGCUCCUGCUUGCUUAGCGGGUUGUGAUUAUUUUAUUUUUUUUAUGGUAGUCUGUACGGAGGGCCCUGCAGAACCACACAGGUCAGCGAAAUACCUGUAAGUUUACGAUGUAUGGAUUUGUGGGAAUUUUGCUUUUACACACGAAGGGCCCGGUCCACAGUGCAAAUCGGGUGUUAGCUCUUUUUACAAGCCAGAGUGGCUCUUGGCAGCUCUGAGGAUUGCAGAGAUCUGGAGAGACAUCAGCCUCUGUGGUGGGACCCUUCUGGCUGUCUCUGGGUUUCCAGACUUCUGGGUGACUCGCAGGGCAGAGAUAGUUGGCUUUGUGAUGGGAACCCUAGGCAGAAAGUUUCAAACUUUGCUCUUUUCUCUGGUCUUGCUUAAAUGACAAGGUAUAACUAACUCACAGGACUGUUGUUUUUCUUGAUUUAGAAGUAUCCUAGUUAUCCCUCUUCCCCCAAGUCCUCUCUGAGCAACCUCUUUGCAUUUGGCUCUGCAAGGCAGUGCUGUGGCUGGUGGACAAACAGCCUUCGGAAAUGACAGCGGGAGAGACUCACAUGCUGUCCCACAGCCAGCAGAUACCUCUAUAGAGAGACUUAAUUACUACUGCUUAGACCAGUGACAGAUAAACACUGUUUCUUAAUUUUGUCUUCCUUCCUGUCAGGUAGGACGUGCUAUCUACAUUGCUUUUAGAGUUGAAAGGUUUAGACAGCCAGCCUGCUUUUAGGGGUAGAAAAGGAUCCGUGAAGAACAGCUGACAACCCUAUGUUGCCACUGUCACGCUGGUUUCUUCGCAGGAGGAAAAGAGGGGGAUGACAACUCGCAUUCAGAGGAAGCAGGGACCUGUAGGAACCUGCUUUUUCCCUCCCAUGCAAUUGCUCAAUCGGAUGGGAGUAGCAGCCUCUCCUUUGGGUUACCGACUUCGGCUUUACUGGCAAUUGCAACACCACUGUAAAUGUUUAAUCCUAUUGCUCACCUGCUUGUGUUUCUGGGGUGCUGUGGACCUAAUGCUUCCAAUAACAAGCAGAGAGAAGUUAUAUUCCUGAGUUGCGGUGUGGUCCUGGGUGGAGGGGCUCUGCCCGUGCUGGGCAGAGCAGCUUUUGCAGCUGUGAGGUGCCCGUGGUGUGUUUGGUGUGGUGUGCCACUGGGGUGGGGUAUGGCUGGUUCCAGGAACAGACGUUCUUGGCUGGAUAAUGAUUGGCAAGAACUGAAGCGACCAGCGCUGCCUGUAACAAGCAAGACUGGGACCAGAACUGGGACGAAGCAGCCGGGGAGCUCAGGAAUGUUUCCGCUCCAUCAGGCUUUGCCGAGGGGGGCAGAGCCCUGCCUGCCCCGGGGCCUGGGUGCGAUGCUGAGGGGC